UACUCUUAAAACGCACUUCUCAUGAAACAUUUUCUCAGUCAACUCUUGACUUACCAAGUACGCAGAGACUCCAGGUCUGCUUGCUAAACAUGUUCAAGAUGGCAGCACUUCUGAUGAACCAGAAGCAGCUGAACUGCAUCUAUUUAUGGACAUAUCUAUGCUUAGCAACCAUAGCUGUGGCAUAUCCACAGGACAUGUUGCAGCCCCAACAUGACGAGGCUCAGACUUUAAAUGCAGGAAAUGCUGAUAAUUCAAAAACUUCAGGCUUAGAAUCACAGACCAUUGAACUGGCAGCCCUAGGAAGACCUCUGUUUCUUGGUAUGCUGUAUGACUGCCGCAAGGAUUCCUUCAUUCCAGGUGUUACUCUGUGGGAUAAGAAAUCCCUGAGUGAAGAUCUGGACAGUCGUCCACAGCCACUCACAGAUUUGAAGUUCAGUCGCUCUGACUCACCAUCUAGUAAGGCUAGCCUCCUGGAUGUUAGUGUUUCCCUGAGGGCCAGCUUCUUGGGUGGGCUCGUGGAAGUGGGAGGAUCGGCCAAGUUCCUGCAUGACACCAAAUAUUCAAACCAACAGUCCCGAGUAACAAUGUAUUACAGUGAAACCUCAAGAUUUGAACAGCUCACUAUGACCCAUCUGGGCAAGAUCACCUAUCCUCAGGUGUUUGACCAGAAAACCGCGACUCAUGUGGUCAUGGCGGUACAGUACGGAGCUCAGGCCAUCAUGGUGUUCGAUCGGACAAUUUCAGAAGAGGAAAACAAACAGGAGAUCGAGGGAGAACUGAAUCUCAUGGUCAAGAAGGUUCCUCAAUUUUCCCUGGAGGGAAAAGCAGCUUUAAAAAUGACAGAUUCUGAAAAGAAAACAGCUGAGAAGAUUGCCUGCUCAUUUCAUGGUGACAUUAGCCUUAAGCAGAACCCCACCACAUACAUGGAGGCCCUGACCCUGUUCAAGGAGCUCCCCGCUCUGGUGAAGGAGAAUCCUCAGAAUAUGGUUCCGAUCAAAGUCUGGCUGUAUCCCCUUAAUCUUUUGGAUACAAGAGCAGCUCGGAUGGAGAGAGAAAUCAGCACAAGCGUAGUUUUUAGUGCUGAAGAUAUAAUGGAGGGACUGUUGGAGGCAGAGAGGACAUACAACGACCUGUCCAAAAGCACAGUAGUAAAUGCUUUUAGUGACAUCAAAGAGAGGCUGCGCUCAUUUCAGAGAUCGUUUAACAUUUACAAGGCAAUGUUCCUGAAAGCAGUCGGCAGGGUCUUGCCUGCAAUUCGAGAAGGAGAAAUGGAGGAGAAGUCACUGGAAGACAUCCUAAGGAUCCACAGGAGCUCCCCAUUUAAUGUUGGCAUUCUCAACCAGUGGUUAAAUGAUGCAAAGUCUGAACAUACCCUCUUGAGUGUUUUCACCAAGACAUUGAAGGGGAUCAAAAUUGAAGACUCAGACCGUCUCAACACCUUCCUCCUUAAUCCUGAUAUCGAUUUUGUGGUGAGCUUGACUUUCACCUCUCUGCAGUAUGAAGACCCAUAUCUUCCAACCCUAAAGGAGUUUCUGAAAACUGACAAGUUUAAAGAGCUAGAUGGGGAAAAAAACAUGGUUCCUGUGCCAUCUGUCAAAAAGUGGUUCAAUGAUCUCGAUGUCAUCACAAAGAUGAGAGAGGACUUAUCUCGUUUUAAAAGUUUUACAGAAGCCAAUAAAGACAAUAAGAGAAUCCACUUCAUUAUUUCUGCCAUCUCUGAUCCCUCCAGUCCAGGCUCCUCCAUUUAUCUGUAUGAAAAAGGAAAGCUUGCAGACACAAAGUACCAGCUCGUUUCCAAGCCGCCCCAACCGAUAGUGAAAAGUGCCGAUUUUGAAGGUGUUUUCCUGAAACUGCACAAAUCCCCAACUGGUAAAACAGUGAAGUACCGAGUUGAGUACACAGAAAUAAAAACAUUUCUAACUCCUGAACGUCAGGUUGUCAUAGACACAACAGAUGAAGACUUUUCUCUGACUAAAUUUAAUUGGCACCACUCCAUCCAAUACAGAGCAGUGGAUAAACUGGGAGUGAGUGAGGCCAGUGAUCCUGUCAGCCCUGGACCCAUGAUGGUGCCAAUUGCAGGUGGGAGAGGGGGAUAUGAAACCAGCUUUAUAACUCCUGUCCUCAGCACCAUUAAGAAGAUCAAAUUUUUUUACGAUAUACAGAACUACUUGGUGAUCAACAGGUUCAAAGGGAUCCAGGCAACUUUCAAUGAUGGCCACAUGUUUACAUUUGGUGAUACUGAAAAUUUUUAUAAUAAAGAAUUGGUAUUUGACAAUGAUAAAAUUGUCUCUGCAACAUUGUGGCCAGAUAAGGAUUACCAAAGAACCUGUGGGUUGGAAGUUGUGCUUGAAAAUAGCAAUGGUGAAAGAAGAACAGAAUCCAUCAAGUGCAAAGAACUGGGGAAUCCUGUGAAUAUUGAUUUGAUGACUGGAACGUGUUAUGGGAUCACGGCCAGAUUUGGAAAUGACAUUGAUUCUAUGGGCUUAUUCUUUAUUUAGAUGCAGAUAAAAGGAAUGUCUGUUACUGACAGUCUUGAAUUAAACUCAUCAAAAUUUCUAAAGACAUACUGAAGUUAACGCAUGUAUCAGAUUUUUAAAAUAAAUGUCAAGUAGCAGAUUUGCAUCAAUAAUUUUGCUUACAAUUUUACUUGAUUUCUAGUAUCAAUCAGAUCGUUAGAAUGUUUGGUGUUUAGAUAAAAGGAACAAAUAUAACUUAAAUUACAUUAAAACAUAAAUUAAAUGUAUCAAAUCUAAGAGCCAAUCAAUAAACAGUGAUUGCAGUAAUGGGGUAUUCAAAAUUGUUUUUGGUUUUAUUAUCAAUUGGGUCCAUCUUUAUGUGCCUUUUCUUUAUGAUGGAAGU